UAAAGUUUAUUUUAUAAUUUGUGGAAAGCUGUAAAAAUUGCAAUAUGGACUAUAAUAUUCAUAAAAUUUGUCGAGUAUGUCUAGAAGAAGGAGCACUUACGUCCAUAUACAGUACUGAAUUUGCGAUGAUGCCUUGCACAAUGUUGAUGAUGUGUGCCAAAAUCAGGGUUUAUAAAAGUGAUGGUUUACCUGCAGUCAUAUGCAAUAAUUGCAUUUACCGUUUGGGUGUGGCGUACCAUUUCAAGCAAGAGUGUGAGAACUCAGACAUGAGACUGCGACAAUAUUUGGGCUUGCAGGACAGAGGAUAUGGUUUUUGCGAUGCCGAAACAAACACGGACUUGCCAGUUGCUUCAUUGAGCCAUAAGCCACCUACAUACUUGGACCCCGAUUCUGAGGAGGAAUCAGAUGUAGGUGAGAAUGUUAAGAAAAGUAAAMGACGUUCACGUUAUCAGCGUAAACCGCCAGAAGAACAUAAGCGACGUGGUCCGAAACCCUUGCCAAAACUACCACAAACAUGUUAUGAAUGCAACAAAACCUUCAAGUGCUCCGCUCAGCUGCAAAUGCAUUUGCGCACACACACAGGCGAAAAACCAUUUGGCUGCAGUUAUUGCCCUCGACGAUUUGCGCAGAAGUAUAAUUUGCACAUACAUCAGCGUACACAUACCGGCGAACGUCCAUUUCAAUGUGAGAUUUGCUCAAAACAAUUCUCCGCACUGGGUAACUUUCAGGCGCAUCAAAAAAUACACACCGGCAUACGWGAUCAAUUGUGUCCCGUAUGUCAAAAGGCUUUCUACAAUGCGGGUGAUCUCACCAAACACAUGGUUACACAUGCACAGCUAAAAAGUCAUCAUUGCGAUGUGUGUGGMAAGUCAUUUAGUCGUCAGCGUGAUAUGCAAGCGCAUAAACGUAAACAACAUACCCUCCACGAACGCAGCGAAGAUGAUGAGGAUGAGGCAGUAGAUACCACCUGUCCUGAUCCGAUAGUUGUUGUAGGCGGUGUAGUGCCAAACAGUUCGCUUCAAGGUACAGCUGUGCUCCAGGAAAAUUUCAAAUGUCCCGAUUGUGAUAAAGAAUUCGGUUCGGCGAGCAGCUUAAGUGUGCAUUUUCGUUCUCAUGCCAAUAGCAAUCUUUUGAAUUUGCCGCUAACAAGUCAAAUGCCACAUCAUUAUCACGCAGCUGCGCCACCCCCGCCGCCGCCGCCAACCCAUGCUGCCCUCACACAUGAUGGCCUACAUCCGCACACACAUCAUUUGUCUUUGAACACACCAUUGCAGCCCAAUCAUCCCACGCACAUGACACACCAUCCGACAAUGGCACACAUGCUUGCAGCAGCACAGCCGCCGCCACCACCACCGCCUGCAGCGUCUGCACAAAGCACUGCCGCAUUAUCUAUGAUGCAUGCGGCCCAGCGUUUGCAUCCUUUUUAAAACUCAGAUAGCUAAAUAUUAAUAAAUAAGAUAUUGUUGUUGUAAUUGUUUACACCAGCGCAAGCCACAGUUGGACAACAACUUGCCGAUAAUUAAUGCG